CUUCUGCUGACGUCUUUCCUCUCUAUCACACAUCAGACUUUUCCCAGUGGAGCUGGAGAACAGGCUUCAAUGAAAACUGCCUGUUUGCAGCCAUAUGGAGAUUGCAGGCACCACAAUCACUGUUUUCUCUACCUGACCUGGAGCAGCAACUCCAUCAUCAGGAUAGAAAGGUAGCCUUGUUGCCUAGCAAAGGUGGGAUGAUUUAUCUGCRUCUCUAGAUUGGUCCCUUUUCUUUGCUGCACAAGAGAAUUGCUUUCAGACUUCCAAGGAGAAUGAAGCCAGGCUAGAAAUCGSACUGGAUGUGGGAGAGCUGCUCUCCCAGGGAGUAGAAGGAGUCACAGGUUCUCUGUGUUUUCUGUACCUGUGCAGUGCAGGACAAUGGUUUUGUCUGCUCCAGUUAUAGCCCUGGGGGCUACCUUGGGGACUGCAACUAGCAUCCUUGCCCUCUGCGGUCUCACCUGCUUCUGCAAAUGCAAGCAGCCUGGGAAAGGACUCUCAGAAAAGGACCAAGAGGAGGAGACGGAAAACACUAAGCCCAGUGUGCUUCAGCCAGUCCAGCAAUUCAACGUCAAGAAAACCGCAGAGCCAGUCCAGCCYCGAGCACUUCUGAAGUUUCCCAACAUUUAUGGCCCCAAACCAGAAGUAACUUCACCUGAAAUUGUUAACUACACACAGUACUCUCUGAAGACAACAGAAGAACCAGCAACUGGAAAACACACUGCUUUGGAUGAGAAUAGGAUGAAGAUACAAGUCAAUGAAGAACUGUUUGUUCUCCCUCAAAACGUUCCAGGUGUGGUAAAGGACGUGUGUGUCACCGAGCACCUGAAGCCCGAGGGGGCAGCCAGCAGUAACCAAACCCCUGAGCUGCACUACUCCCUGCUGUACGAGCAGCACGAGCUGCGUGUGGCCCUUCUGGAAGCUAUGCACGGCAGAAUGAGCGGGGACCAAGAUGCUGGCUGCCACUGCUACAUCCUGGGCACACUGGAGAACAAGACUGGAAUUGCUGAGGCMCAGACAGAGCUGAAGAAGAAGGUCCUUCACACCGUUUGGGAGGAGGUCCUGCGAUUCCCAUUAACAGAGGAGGAGCUGCCAGCAGGGACACUGACACUCACCCUGAGGAACUGUGACAAGUUCUCCAGGCACAGCAUCGUGGGGGAGCUCAAACUGAACCUUGCUGAAAUGAAGGAAUCUUUUGGGAAGGCCCAGUGGGAAAGGCUAAAGAGCCCAGAGAAGGAGCCAUCCACGGGCCAUGGCGAGGUUCUGCUCUCUAUUAGCUACYUGCCUGCAGCUAAUCGCCUGCUGGUGGUGAUCAUUAAGGCUAAAAAUCUCCAUUCCAAGCAGCUGAAAGAUCUCCUUGGCAGUGAUGUUUCUGUCAAGGUGACACUGAGGCAUCAGUCACUGAAGCUGAAGAAGAAGCAGACCAAACGUGCAAAACACAAGAUCAACCCUGUGUGGAACGAGAUGAUCAUGUUUGAGGUGCCUCACGAGCUCCUGCGUGCCUCCAGCGUGGAGCUGGAAAUGCUGAGCCAGGAUGGAGCUGGCCAGAGCCACGUGCUCGGCAAGUGCAGCCUGGGCUUGCAUGUCACAGGCACAGAGAGGAACCACUGGGAAGAAAUGCUGAGGAACCCCAGGAGACAGAUUGCCAUGUGGCACCAGCUCCACAUGUAGGCUCAUCAUGAUUACUGACAACAAGAGUCCCACCAGGCCUCCGAGCCGGGGCAGAUAAGCUGGAUUUCACCUUCYACCUUCCCCUCCACAAAGCUGCUCAGCACAGCACACUUACUACACCACCYUYCUCUGAUUUUYCUGCCCAUCCUAGCCAAUGAAACUGUCUGGAAAAUGUAUUUAAAGGAUAGUCUCUCACCUAAUCAAGUGGUUGUCUCAAAGAAGGGGUUUGGCUGCCUGGAUGGUUUGAAUUAAUUUUAUUUGCCUGCCCACUGCCACUUUUGAGAGGUCCCUGUUCCUGUAGARGAGCAGAGUGGAGCAAAGAAGAGCAAAGUUAUCAUGGAAAUAUAAGCCCUUCAUUGGCAUCUGGCACUGUCACCCAGGUCCCUUGAUGAGUGUUGGCUUCACAAUCACAAACACGCAACUGUUUCACCACUCACUGCUUUUCAUAAUACUCUACAAGGCUGGGAAAUGAAGAUCACAGAACUGACUGUCAUGGCAGGCAUGAAGAUUCAGUAUGAAACAGAGAGGAAAGCCAAAGUACAGUAAAUAUAUACCUAGAAAAAGAUCCAGAACUAAGGGAGAGAACAGAGCAACAAGAAAGGGUGAGACAGUCAACACCCUUAUCCUGUGCAGCCUUUGAAGCAAACACUGCCAAACAAGAAGUCAAAUACCUUCCUUUACUUUUGUUUCCUGGAGAGUUUGAUACCCUGUAUUUAGGAUUCGGGAAAACUGUUGAAAAUAUGAAUGUUUCAGGACCCUUUARCAGAAUACCCAUAUCUUCUUUCUUCCCUGGUGUCAUCCAGAAAGACCCUAAAUAUAGACAAAAAGUAAUGGCUGAUGUUACCUCCAAAAACUUGGACCAAAUUUUUCUGUUUACUGUCAUCUUUUCUGUUUAGGUAUUUCUGAGCUAGAAAAUUUCAAAUGCACUAAUUAUAUUCCAGGCAAGAUCUAAAAUUAGGCAAAAGAAGUUUCAUGCCUUAGCAGCUGAUAGAUGGUUUUGGUUUGACAGUUAACUAUUGCACUCAAAUCCUCCUACCAGCAUUACUCAAACACGGCCCUUUUUAACUGCCAUGUAUUUCAUCACUUCCAGACAGAAGGAAUUCACCAACCAGACAGACUCUCCAGGCCUUCUCUUUWGUGUGCACUUUCAAGAUCUGAUGUGGCUUAAAUGUUUCUUUUGACUGCCCUUUUUUCUGUCUAGAUGGACUGAAAGCUGGCAGUGGGGAUGUCAUGACCCCAUAAGCACACAGCUUGUUCUACUGCUUCUUUUCAAGUAGUAGACAAAACUUUAAGGGAUUUCAAUGGGGACAAGGYGCCCAAAAAUCUGAAAACAGGACCAUAUAAUUUGUAGCCCUGAAAAUCUCAGAGAACUUCAUAUUUGCAGAGUCAGAGUCAGAAAAAAUAAAACUCUUGCUUAAAUCAAAUUAAGCUAAGCUUUAUCUAGUAUCCACCCUGUUCUGAUGGUGCAGUAAAAGAARUCUAGCAGAUUGUUGAGGGAAGGCUGCCAUCCUGUUGGCAAAGGGAAAGCUGGCCAAAGMACCAAGCACAAUGGGUUCUGAAGAGGGAAAUGAAGUUCAGCUGGAAGUCAGUAACCAGWAGUGAUGUGCUGGUCAUGAGACUGAUGUUGUUUAACACCUUCAUAAAUGACCUGGACAAUUGGCCAGAGCAGCACGGCCUCAGUGAGUUUGUAGAUGAUGCAAAACUGGGAAUUUGUUCAAAAUUGCAAAACUAUCAAUUUAACUGAUUGAUACACAAGGCAGUUGUGCUGAGGGAUGCUGAGAGGCUKGAGAAAUGGGCUAAGAGGAACCUCCUGAAAUCCAGCAAGGAGAAGUGGAAAGUCCUGCACCGGGGGAAGAACAAGUCCAUGCACCAGUGCAGGGGUGGGCACUGACCAUCUGUAAAGGAGUUUUCCAGAAGAGGAGCUGAGUGUCCUGGUGGGCAGCAAGCUGAACAUGAUGAGGCAGCAGUGUGUUCUUGCAGCAGAGAGGGACAACAGUGCUUUGUGCUGCAUUGAGACAAACACUGCCAGCAGGUCAAAGGGGAGCGAUCCCUCAUUUCAAAUCACCGGUGAGGGCACUUCUGGAGUGUUGUGUCUAGUGCUGGGUUCCCCAUCGCAAGAAAGAUACAGAGUUUCUGGAAAGAAUGCAGCAAAUGGCUAUGAAGAUGUUAAAGGGACUGAAGCAUCUUCUGUAGGAGGGGAGGCUGAGAGAGCUGGAACUGUUUAGAUCAAUGGGUACAGACACCUGACCUGGGAGAGGAAAAAGGAAGAUGGGGACAGACACUUUCCACUGGUGCCCAGUGACAGGACGAGAGCCAAGGACAAGUCAAUUGCAACAUAGAAAAAUCCAUUUGAACACAUGAAAAAUGCAAAGAAAAAAACCCUUUUUUACUGUGAGGCUAGUCAAACACUGUAACAAGUUACAAGGAGAGGUUGUUGGGAGUCCCCAUGCUUGGAGACACUGAAAAUCUGAUGUGGAACAGUGUGAACAACCUGCUCUAGUUUAUCCUACUUUGAGCAGGGGUGAGUUUGGACAACAUGAUCUCCACAGGCUCUUUCUAUCCUCAGUAGUGCUAUGAUUCUGUGAGGGUACUUGCAAGGUUGAUGCACACUGAAAACUCUUAUCUUUACAAUUCCCCUUGUGUGKGGUGUAGCCAGGAGUUACAGGAUCAUUUUGAAGAGAGCAAUCAAACCAACUUUUUCCAAACAGACAGAAAAGCUAARAAUGCCCAGGAAUCUUACACCCAAUGUUUUAAUCUCUGAUAUUGAUCUAUUGGCUAGAGGGAAUGUAAACAAAAAGAAAAUUGGUUUCUUGUUUUGCUCUAUGAGGUUUUGUUUACUAACAGAAAGCUGUGGGAUACUGUGAGUAAACUGGACACAGGGGUCUGGUCGAUAUUGAAUUCUUAAUGCAUUCUGAUCCUGAUCUGCCUAUCGUGAUAUGGAAUAAUUAUUUCCAYUGAAGUGCAGCAUUCACGGGAAUGUUGGCCUAGAUCAUGUAUAGGUUCCAGGCAGCACUGUUAUUUUUUGGGGGAUAAUUAUAAGAAGGAUAUCUUCACAGGAUGAUGCUAUUUGGCUGGCACUGGAAAGCCUGAAGGGCCAAAUAUUUGCCUUGCUGCCAACUCCUCUAGCUCUGCAUCCUGCUUGUUUCACUGAGCCUUUUAUAACAUCUUGAUGACUGAUUGUAAACAGCAUUAUCUGCCUGUGCCCUGGUGAUUCUGGCACACCCUGUAAUAGACAUCCAUCCUAUGGCAUUUAAAAGCAUACAUUCUCAGAAUCUGAAUUAACUACGGCAAAACAAUGCCUUGUUUUACAGCAGAAAAAUAYAGCACUACUUAGCCACAAAUCUGUCCUAGGAGCUGAGUGGUGCCAUCAGCGUUAACGAACGGCAUUGUUUCCUCCUUUGCUGAAGUGGGAUUUAAGGGGAAAAAGAGAAAGAGGGAAAAUGCCUGCAUAUUUCCCGGAUGGAUUAUUCUUGUUGUCUGGCAUUUUAGCCCUGAAAGGAUGCUCCUCGCCACCAGCAGUCUGAACAAAGGCUGCCAGGUGUCCCCGGGAGGUGGCCGGGGCUGACAGCGGGCACGUAACGGGGAUCAGGAAUGCUGUGUACGUGUGGCACCCGAGGGGCAGGAGCGCCCAGCCCRGCCUUUUGAACUCUGCUGUGUGUCACCGCAUUCCAGCGUCUGCCCAGGGCCCUGCCCUCAUCCCCGAACAUCCUGUGGGGCAAAAUCUCUGUGUCCCUGCGCCUCAGCACCCCAAGGGCCGGGGGACUAAACUGGCCCAGCAGACAAGCGGCUGGGAAUGGCUGUGCUAGGUGACAAUGUCACGAAGAUAAAUCUGAAGWAUUUGGAAAUGCCAUUGUAUCAAACGGCUCCAGCCACUCAAGCUGUCAAAGUAUCACUGAAAUGCGAUAAGGAUGGAGCCAGACAGACCCACGGUUUUCAGCUCCUGCAGUUGAAAAUGCAGGAGCAUCAGCAAGCACUGCUACAUAUUAAAUUAAAAGAUGCUGCCUAUAAAUUGCAUCAUAAAAGAAGAAGCAAAAAAAAAAAAAAAAAAAAAAAAAAAAAAAAAAAAUAAAAAAAAAAAAAAAAAAAAAAAAAAAAAAAAAAAAAAAAAAAAAAAAAAAAAAA